AUGUUGCUCUCCACGUUCAAGCUCACCACCACUCUCCUUUUCCUCCCGUUCGCCUCAGCGGGUGUUCACAAACUAAAGCUGAACAAGUCCCCACAAGUCUCGUCUGGUCAUGUGCUUGAGACCGCUUACUUAGUCGAGAAGUAUGGUGCACAGACUUCUUACCAGCAACACCCUUUGAUGGGUGCUGGUGGCGCUGGACGUAACUUUCGUGCACCAAUCGAGGAAGCGGAGUUCAUCAACGGUGGCUACAGUGUCCCCCUCGCUAACUUCAAGAAUGCUCAAUAUUACACCGAGAUCGAACUUGGUACUCCACCUCAAGUAUUCAAGGUUAUCCUCGAUACUGGGUCAAGUAACCUCUGGGUUCCCAGCUCCGAGUGCAUAUAUGUCGCGUGCGAACGUCACGCCCAGUACGACUCCAGCGCUUCCUCCACCCACCAGGCGAAUGGCUCUGAUUUCUCCAUCCUGUACGGUAGUGGCCCUAUUGAGGGCUACGUCUCCCAAGACGUCCUCCGCAUCGGAGACCUCUCUGUCCGUAGCCAAGACUUUGCAGAGGCCACCAAAGAGCCCGACCUCCCUUUUGUUCAUGGCAAGUUCGACGGUAUCCUCGGCCUUGCCUACACUUCGAUCUCCAUCAACCACAUUACUCCUCCCUUCUACAACAUGAUCAACCAAGGUCUCCUCGACGAGCCCGUCUUCUCCUUUCGCCUCGGUAGUUCCGCGGCUGACGGUGGUGAAGUCACAUUUGGUGGUACAAACUACAGCGCAUACACUGGUAAUAUCACCUACGUCCCUGUGCGCAGCAAGGCACACUGGGAAGUUGAGCUCGAAAAGGUCGCAUUGGGAGACGAUGAGCUAAAGCUUGAGAUGACAGGCGCUGCUAUCGACACUGGCGCCUCCGUCAUUGGACUCCCCACCAACAUUGCUGCAAAGUUCAACGCCAAAAUUGGCGCCACCCGACAAUCCUUGCACGGUCGAUACUAUUACCAAGUCAACUGUGCCACAGUCCAAUCCCUUCCCGAACUGACGUUCUAUUUCGGCGGCAAGCCCUUCACACUGAGGGGAAGCGAUUAUGUGGCAGAGAAUCAGGGCACGUGCAUAUCUUCGCUCGAGGGUAUGGAUGUCGAAUCCCCUGGAGGAGGUUCAUUGUGGAUUAUUGGUGAUGUGUUCCUCCGCCGAUACUACACAGUUUAUGACCUCGGUCAGAACGCUGUUGGGUUCGCCAAAGCUGUAUGA